AAAAUGGCGGUUUUCCCGCUUCCCUUAGCGGAAGUGCCAUUCCAUUUUCCUCCUCUCUAUAAUAUCGUCCAGUUGGGCCAAUGGCGGCUGCGGAGCUUAUUUGUAACGGAAGUCCAAGCUUCUUGGGAACUCUAUGGUCAGCCGCCAUCUUGUUACCGCUUGGUCAAAGGAGAGGAGUGGAAGGUUGCAUCCUCCGUUGGUGUCAUGUUGGCGCAGUUGCUGAGGAGAGGGUUGAGGCCGGCCAGUCUGGCUGCCCGCCCCGCCAGGGGCAUUGCUUCCAGCCCCCCCAAAGAUCCUUUGGGGCCGAUGGAGGCAGCCAUUGGCAUGACCACCUUCUUCGUUGUAUUCUUGGUCCCAUCAGGCUGGAUCCUGGCGAACCUGGAACACUACAAGAGCAGAGAAUAAGAAGGAAGGAGUGGACCAAAAUCAGCCUUGAAGCGUAGGAGCAACUCCCUCCCCAGAUGCAUGCCAUUCCUGCAUUCCAGGGAAGGGUUCUCUCUCAUGCCCACCCUCCAUGAAGACCAGGGUCCUGAAAUAGAUUCUCUGCUGCUUCCCAGCCACCCUAGAGGAUGUAGUUCAAGAGGACAGCACUCCAGAGACUUAAAUUCUGUUACAAUAAAUCACAUUAAAGACCUGUA